UGAGCUCUUCUCCCGACGUGGGCUCCGGUGGGCAGGGGCAGUACACUGCCCCCACCUCCGGCUCCACCAGUGCGUGGGCUAACGAGGAAUCUUUGGGAAGUGUUUAAAAAUAGAGCUUUCCGCCAGCCCCUAGUGACCUCCAGGAACACUUUUACCAGUGAUACCACUAGAUAUAGAGGGCGCCGGAGUCCCAGAGGGAAGAGAUAAGGUACGAGCUGCUCAGCGCGCAACCAGAGAUGAGUCUCCGCCCCCAAUGCGCGCGUGCGCCUUAAUUCUUCCAAACUAGCGAGCCGGAACUUUCCGCCUCAAGCAGUUGUUUCUGGACGUCGCAUGCCGGAAGUGAGUUCGUAGAGGGAGAUUCGAUUUCCUUUUUCUCUCGGACCACGGUGGAACUCGUUUUGCCUUUGUUCCGUGGCGGCGGCGUCAGUUAUGAAGAAGCAUUUUCUCAAGGUGGCUGCUGAGAAGCUAAUGGAAACCUGCCCGGGCCAGGCCCGGUAUCUCCUUUGGAUGUACAGUACCUCACUUGAUGAAAAUACAGUUUCCGAAGGCCAGUGUCCAUAUUGUUACCAGUUUCUCAUGCUGGAUAAAUACAGAGUUCGCCUCAAGCCAAAGCCAAAACUAACACCAAAAGUAAAGAAAGUUCUUAAUCGAGAAUCAAAAAAUUGUAGACUCACUUUUAAAGACGCAAAGAUUCUUAAAAAGCACAAGGACUCCAAAAGCAUGCUGUUGGUUACCUGUAAAGCAUGCAACAAAACAGUGAGAUAUGAUGGUAAAAGCAGAAGCUUCUUGGAAGAAAUGAAAAAUAAUCUUAGCACUCCCAUGAAGACACCAGAUAUAAAAUCUUCAGGAUCUACAAAGAAAAAGAAGAAAUCCUUCAGUAGUAAUAAAUCCAAUUCCAUUGACAGUAGUCCAGCUUUAAUUUUCAGAACACCUACAUCUGGACAGUCAACACCCAGUUCCUCCUCAAAGAGUCUCAAUAAAAUGAAGCGUCAUUUGUCUCAGCUGAAAAUGCUGCUUAAUAGUGAAGAAAGCCAAAAAACUCCAUCAAAGGAUUUCAGAAAUUUCUUGUCCUCACUCUGAGUAGUGAAUUUGAUGAUGAACAUUAAUAGUUGUUGACUUGGGAGCAGUUACUGAAGGAGGAAAGACUGAUUUUUCCUAACAGUUUUAGGUUUCCUGGAUAUCUGUAGCAAACAAUUAUCUUUGACAUCCUUUUCAGUACUUAUUAACUGAUGCUCCUGGACUGCCAGGCACAUAGUAGGAACUUAAAUAUCUGGCCAGUUGUGCUAGGCCACCCUGGGAUGUUAACACCAUGGAAAUGAUACCUUUUCCAACUCACCAUAUGAUUUUUACAAGGUACAGAUUAGAUAAUCUAUAUGAGAUCACAUUCUAACUUUAAUGUUUUAUAUAUUUAACA